AUGUCAGUAGAAGAAACGGUUAAUCCAACAGCUUUAUUAACAGAAUCAAAACCGUAUCAUUGUUUUAGCUGGAAAGUUUCAGCAUUUCAACAAUAUUUAAAUAAUUGUAAAUUUGAAGGCAAUAAAUUAAGGGAUGCUAACGAGUAUAUUUCAUUAUAUUUAGAAGCUAUACAAACACCCUACGAAAAUCAAAAUCUCAUAGAUACAAGAUAUGCCAGAUUCAAAUUAUCAAUUGAAAUGAUGGAAAUAUCUGAUGAUUUCACAAAAACAAAGUUGAUAAAAUUAAAAACUGAUACAGAGAUAUUAGAACAUAAAUUUAUUUUUAACAGCGAUGAUGACUUUGGAUAUUCGAAAUUCUACUCAAUCAAGAAUUUCAAGAUGGAAUUUUUCAAUGAUGAUGAUAGUGAGAGCAAGAGAUCCAACUCACGAUCAUAUUUCCUAAGUAGUACAAAUGAAAAAUUUUUUGAAGAUGAUUCAUUUACCGAUAUAAGAUUUUUGCUGGAUUGUGGAUCGAUAAUCAAAGCUCACCGGGUGAUACUAGCAGGUGGGUCAGCGUAUUUUAAUAAAAUGUUGAAAGGGGAAUGGAAAGAAUCGAAUUCUGAAACAAUAAAAAUUCAUAGCUUUAAAUAUGAAACAUUUCGAGCUAUUUUGUUUUACAUUUAUUCAGGAAAGUUGGUUGAUACGCAAGAUCUUGAAUUGUUGAAGGAUGUUUAUGUUAAAGCUGAAAUGAUGGGUUUGGAUGGAUUGUUGAAGUUGUUGGUAAACAAGUUUAGUGAGAUUAUAGAUGAGGAUAAUUGGGAUGAUAUCCUGAUAUUGGGGCAAAGAACUAGUAAUAAACCAUUAAAAAAUAUCGUAAUGACUUUUCUAGUAUUAAAUUUUCAAAAAGUUGCCAUAUAA